AUGUCUAAGCCAAAUGAUCAUCAUCAAAAUGACCAAGGUGUUGAUAUUAUUCAUUCAGCUUGGACGUCGGCUUUGACUGAACAUUACAUGAGCAUCUUCAAAUCGGCAUUUCCUAACAAAUUCACAGUAACUGUAUGCAACUUACCCCACCUAGCUGCUGCCAAUGCUGCAAGAUGUGGAAUGUGUAAGACUGAAAGUCUAAAAGCAAAGACUGCAAUAACAAGUGGCAGGCCAAAAUUAAACGUGAAGGAAACAUUCCUACUUUACAAAAUGAUCAUAGUCUCUUCACAAAUUAUCAACAAUACAUCAUGGACACUUUAUUUUAAAAAAUCACUUCAGUUCAAGUUUAACAAUUUAUGCAAAUAUAUUUUGUCAUUUUCACCUAUGUAUGAUGCUUCAACACAUUCAUACGCCCAUUCCUACAUUUAUACACAUAUACAUACAACCUAUGUUUCAACCCCGAAUAUGGAAGUUGUGGAAUUGAGCUUGCCUGCUUCCAAAGCUAUGAAAGGUAAAUCAGGAGUAGAAUGCACCACCUUGAAGUUGUCGAGGAGAAUUAAGCGUCUCUAUUUGCACACUUUGUUAUGGAAACCAAACCAAGAACAGUUAAAAGUGAAACUAAAACUGCUUGAUGAAGCUACUUGCUUGUGUCUGCAUCACUUAAAAAGUCGUAAUGGUAGAUACGGAAGUUCAAUUCAUCUACCCUUCUUAAAUAAGGCACAACAUGUCUUCAUCCAGCGAGAUACGCCAAUAACAAAUGAAAAUUUUCAGUCAUCUAUAACCAGGCAUUGUUUGCGUAUACGACAAUUUCAUCCUUUCGAUAGUCCAAUUAGACGCACUGAAAAGCAUAAUGUUUCACGUGGAUAA